AUGGCUCAAACGAAAAAAUCUGUUAGUGAAUUUAUCCAAGAUGCAUUUUGCCCAAUGGUUUCUGUUCUAUGCAGUUAUGAUGCUGAAACAAUUUGUCGAAAAAACAAUUUAACAUUUGCUGAAUUAAUUCAACCAUUUUGUCGUCUUCCAUCUGAAGUUGGUUACCGUGAUCCAUCGAAUAAUUUGAUUGUAUUAAAAAAUUUACGUCUUGAAAUAAAAGAUUUUAAUUCUUUACCUCCGCAAAAUACUUUAGCAAAAAAAAUACUAAAUGAUUCUGUAUCAAAUGCAUUAAACAAUGUAACAACGAAUAAUGAACGUGAAAUUCAUUCAGAACAAUAUCAAUUACAUAUAAAAAAUACAACACCUUGGUUUGAUGCUUGGCGAGAUUGUUUUUUACGUAUAUCAUACGGGGGAGAUCAUGAAUAUCUUAAAAAUUAUCUUGCAUGUGUUAUGGUUGUAUCAACAUCGCAUCUCGAUCCCAUGGAUGCAUUUUCUAAACUUGUUCAACAACAAAGUCUUCAACAGCAACAAUCACCAGCAAAAUUACCAAAAUGGUUUAUGCCGAAUAUAUAUAAAUAUUUUAUUUUAUUGCAUGAUGUUACUGAAGGCGAAGAAUCCAAAGCUGUAUCCGUUUUUGGUGAUCUUAAACAACAAUAUGGUGCUGGUAAUUGUCAUCUCUUACAAAUCAAUUCUAAGCGUGCUGGUCAAACAAGUAGUGAUAUCAAUGAAGCGAUGAAUAUGCCAGAUCCAUGGCGUCUCUAUGUUAAACAAUCUUCAUCAUCGAAUCAAAAACAAUCACAAACAUUAUCAAACAAAGAUAGUUCACUCAGUGAUUCAUUAUCAAAUUUAACCGACCUUAUUGAUCAAGAAUUGAAUCUGACUACAUCCAUCAGUCACCCAUUAGGCUCAUUUAAUACCUCAAUUAGUGACCUACCAGCAACAAUAGAUGAAGGAUAUGAUGGUUCAUCGACAGGAAAUAUAUCUACAGUUAUUCAUGGUGCUUGUUUAACAUUAAGUGAUCAUGAUAGAAUUCAUGUCUUUAUGCAUGAGUUUGUUACAAAAGGUCUUCUGCCAUGGGUAGAAACAAAUUUAAAAACAUUUAAUGAACAAAUAACUUCACGACGUGGUAUAAAAAAAAUUUUUUCCAUGCCAAAAAAUUUUUUCGGCGGCGGUAGUACAUCUGCUUCUAAAAAUCAACCAUCAACAACUUCGACAAAUUUAAGCAAUGAUUCGAUGGAAGUUGUUUUUCGUCGUGCAGCCGAUUUAGCAUUUCUUUUUCAACACUACGAAUUAGCUUAUACAAAUUACCAUGCAGCUAAACGAGAUCUCUCACGUGAUCAAGCACCAACAUUUUAUGCUGGCGUUUUAGAAAUGUGUUGUAUAACAAAUUUUAUGCAAGAAUCAGCAACUAGUAGAACUUAUCCAGCACAAUAUAUGGACGAUGCUAUUGAACUCUAUACAGUUACAUGCAGAUUACCGAUAUUUGCUACACGUUGUGCACUUGUAUCAACUGAGAUAUUGAAAGCUAGAGAAUCCUACGAUGCAGCUGUACAACAAUUUCUCAAACUUUCCCAAGAAGAUUCCGAUUUACGUGGUGCUCUUUUUCUUGAACAAGCAGCACAUUGCUUUCUUAAUUAUCGACCGUCUUAUAUAAGAAAAUAUGCAUUUUAUAUGGUCAUUGCUGGACAUCGAUUUCUCAAAGCUGGACAGCGUUUACAUGCUCUUCGUUGUUAUAAUGAUGUUCUCGAAAUAUAUGGCAAACCAAAUUGGUCAUUAGCUUUUGAUCAUAUCAAUUUUACAUUGGGCAAACAAAGUGCUUCAUUAAAUCAAGCAAAUGAUGCUAUACGAAGUUUUAAUGCAUUAUUUGCACCAAAUAAUCGUAUACAAAAUGCUCAACAACAAAUUAAUUUCUUUAAAGAAUACUUAACUGUAUUCAAUCAAAUCACAAAUUCUGAAACCAUUCUACCUGAACUACCCGUUCCACUAGUAGAAAAUACAACAAUUAAAGUUCUUCUUGCUGGUCAUCAUAAACCACAAAUGGGUGGUCAUGUGUCGAAUUGUAAUGAUUUUGAUUUUGAUGAAACCCGAGAAGUAUGGUCAGAUCUUGAACGAACAAUAACUGCGCAUGACCGUCGAGCUAGUGGUACUCGUACACAACUAAAUUUAUUUACAAAUCGUACACAUAAUCAACAACAUCCUAUAGCUGUUGCUAAUGAAACUAUACGCAUUGAAUUGUACGUAAGAAAUACACUUCAAGUUCCAUUGUUAUUAAGUGAAGUACAAAUCUUAUGGAAAUUUUCAUCUAAUGGUUGGAAAAGAAAAACCAGUGUAUCAGCAGAAAGUCCUGAAGAAUGGAAAGAAUAUACUAAUGAUACAGCGACAAAACAAACGGAUCAACCUGUUGAAUGUGAUAUUCUCAGUGAUUGUGUUAUUUUUCCAAAUGAUACUUCUAAAAUCGAAUUAUCAUUACGAACACAUCGCCCUGGUAAUUUGACAAUAUUGGGCAUAUGUUAUCGUCUUAAUAUUCUUGUACAAAAUAUAAGCGAUCAAACAACGUGGCCAUAUGGAAUAAUGGGCAAAACAUUAUUUCAUGUUAAAGGUGUUCGACUUAAUUCAAAUCGCCGCGAGCGCCUCAACACAAUCUAUGCUGUAGAUAACCGAUUAGAAAUUCAAGUUGUACCCGAAGCACCACUUCUUCAUAUUGAAUUUUCUCCUAUGCCUGCUGCCAUGUUCUGCGGUGAAGUUCAAUCUUGUUUAGUGCAUUUAAUAAAUACAAAUACAAUGCAUUCGAUAACUCGUGUUCGAUUAAUCACAAGUCAACCAAAUCUAAUAACUGUAUCAUCAUUGGAUGACACUUCUUUAUUAACAUACACCAAUGAAUCCCAAUCUCUAUGGAAUCAUACAUUACAUCAGCAUUCAUCAGUUUUAACUCUUGUUAAUCAUCACCAUCCAUUAUUAGCAAAUUCAACACGAACAAUACGUUUAUGGUUGCAUGCAUCAAAUCUGGCUGGUGAAAUGAACAUUGAUUUCUUAUUUCUUUACGAAUCGGAUGUAUUUCAACAGCCAUUAAGACAUCGAACAGUAAAACAUUCAUCAUUAUUUAUAAUCACUCAUUCUAUUGGUUUUCAUACUCAAUCCGAAUCAACUGGACUCGGCGAACUUACUUUACCCGUUCAAAUAGAUAAUCAAAUGACUACACCAAAUUCAUUGACUGUUAAUGUUCAACAACUUUCAUGUAUUAGUAAACAUUGGAAUAUAAAAAAUCUUUCUCCUAAAACUCCAAACGGUAUUCGUUAUGGUGAAAAUUUAUCUCUUCUAUUCAAAUGUACACACCUCGAAAAUGACAAUGAUUCAUUACAAAUGAAACAUAUUUAUUUAGGAAAUGAUGAAAAAAAAACGGAUCAAUAUGUUGACAUAAGUAAAAAUCCUAUGGGUGAUUUAUUUCGUCAUUUUAUAUCAAAUCUUGAUUACACGCAUUCAGCACAUCGGCAUAAAAUCAUAGCUCCCGUACCUAUACCUUCUAUAUCUCUUGUACUUCUUUGGCAAAUAGCUAUCGCAAAUCAAUUAGGACAAUAUGAAAUUCGUCAUGGUUUACAUAUGAUUUCACCCAAGAUUGACAUUCCUCAAACAGAACCAGAAACAAAUGAUACAAUACAAUAUGAAUUAAUUUAUUCAUCGGUUGUUGAACAUAAAUUUACAAAAGUUUUAAAUUUGCCUGUUGAAUUAAAAUUAUUUAAUCGGGCUAAUAAAAAAUUUCGAUUACAAUUACAAUUAACAAGAGCAUCAUUAGAUAGCGAUCCAGUUCUAUCAUCAUGCUGUUUAUGGUCUGGAAUGACAGAACAAUUUAUUAAUUUAUCAGCAUAUGAGCAUUUAUCAUUAAAUUUACGGGCAUGCUUUUUUAAACCAGGAUUUUAUUCAUUGGGAAAUAUAUCGUUAGCAAUAGUUGAUAAAAUUAAUUCUACGACUGUACCGAUCAAAUCGAAUAUACAUAAUUAUUUUGUUGAUAUUCGAACAUUAGUAUAA